GGUUUGUGCGUCAGGCAAAUACACCUUUAAUCUCGGGUCUCCUGAGCGCAGAUAAGAAAGAAGGCUUCCCGAAUCAAUGGAACAGGCUCUCUUUGUGUGGAUAAUUGGUAACGUUCUCUUUCUCCUGAGCUUGACGCAUCACAUGCCUGCUCUCCUCCCAACAGAUCUGCAUUACCCUCUCCUCGGCAGCAUGGGAGCCAUCAAGAUCUCCCCGGAUUACAACUGGUUCCGUAGCACGGUUCCUUUGAAGAAGAUCAUCGUGGACGACGAUGAUACAAAAGUGUGGUCUCUGUAUGAUGCUGGUCCCCGCACUGUGCGGUGCCCCAUUAUAUUUCUUCCCCCGGUCAGUGGCACAGCCGACAUCUUCUUCCACCAAAUUCUGGCCUUGACUGGAUGGGGUUACAGAGUCAUCGCUCUGCAGUAUCCCGUGUACUGGGACCUCCUGGAGUUUUGUGAUGGCUUCCGAAAACUUCUGGAUGACUUGCACUUGGAUAAAGUCCACCUUUUUGGGGCAUCUCUUGGAGGCUUCUUGGCCCAGAAGUUUGCAGAAUACACUCACAAAUCCCCACGAGUCCAGUCCCUCAUUCUCUGUAAUUCUUUUAGUGACACCUCUAUAUUCAACCAGACAUGGACAGCAAACAGCUUUUGGUUGAUGCCAGCUUUUAUGCUGAAGAAGAUUGUCUUGGGGAACUUCUCAUCUGGUCUAGUGGAUCCCGUCAUGGCUGAUGCAAUUGAUUUCAUGGUAGAUCGGCUGGAGAGCCUAAGUCAGAGUGAUCUGGCUUCCCGCCUCACGUUGAACUGUCAGAAUUCCUACGUGGAACCACACAAGAUUCGGGACAUUGCAGUCACCAUCAUGGACGUGUUUGAUCAGAGUGCUUUGUCCAUGGAGGCCAAAGAAGAGAUGUACAAACUGUAUCCCAAUGCCAGGAGAGCCCAUUUAAAAACCGGAGGAAACUUCCCUUACCUGUGCAGGAGUGCUGAGGUCAACCUGUACGUACAGAUUCACCUACGGCAGUUUCAUGGCACCAGACAUGCCGCAAUAGAUCCAGCCAUGGUGAGUGCAGAAGAAUUGGAAGUGCAGAAAGCAUGUCCCACACCAAGCGCAGAGCUCGAGGAGAGCUAAGGGUGUCUGCUGAAAAAAAUAGCCAUCCGCACCUUUGGACCUUAAACGGACCCUGUCUUCCUCUUUGCUGGGAGAUCUCCUUUUUAUACGAGUUAAGGAGAAACUGGAGAGAAUUCACAGGGAUAGAGUAAACUGAAACAAAAAACUCAAAGCGCUAAACCUUUCUUCAGGAUCAGACCUCUUCGGGAGCAAAUGGACACUGUGCUCCAGAAGACACCACAUAUGGCC